GGUCCGGGCGAAGAGAUGGCGGCCGGAGCGUGGGGCGAGGCGGCGGUGGAACAUUUCCUGCGGUGCGGGCGGCUUGCCUGCAGGGACGGGGCGGGAAUCCGCUGGUGGCAUGCGGCUAACAGCCGGCGGCGAGCCCGGGAGGCCGCCACAAGUGAGGCUCACAUGAUAGAAGCAGAUGUCCUUCUCCGUGGUGGCAAGGGAGGAAGUGGUGACCCUAUCAUGGCUCAUCCACCUGAAACAGACAGUGACAUCACGUUGCAGGAAUGGCUAAAUGUGAUUGUCAACACAGAUAAAGGCAUCAAGUUGGAUUUUAAGAGCCUAGAUGCCGUACAGCCUUCCCUGGAGCUUCUAGAGCAUGUGAAGCUGCGUUUGAGGCGACCCGUUUUGCUCAACGCAGACAUCCUGCCAGGACCAAAUGGGGGUAAUGCCACAGUGGAUGGGAAAGGAUUCCUUGACGCAGUCACUUCGGUUUUCCCCAAUGUAACCUUGUCGCUGGGGUGGACAACUGGAUGGCACCCUGAUGAACAAAAUAAAGGCUAUGACUGGAUGAUGGUGAAAGAAAUGGCUCACAUAUGCAGUACACUUUCCCAGCCUGUUACCUUCCCUGUAAGAGCAGCAUUAGUACGACAGUCAAUGUCUGAGCUUUGUUGGUUAAUACAACAGUCAGACAGGUACAGCCUCACCAUUUGGACAGGGAAACAAGAUGUGUAUUCUGUAGAAGAUCUGCUUUGCAUCCGAAAAAACUUUGAUAAAAGUAGGGUUUACUAUGAUAUCUUAGAACCACAAAAUUCUGAAUUCAAAAAAGCCAUAGGAAUAGAAUGCUAAAUAUGAAGCCCAUGAGCUGAGACCUUAUAAUACUUAGCCUCUUUAAACAUGAAAACUUCUUGUUCAGCAAAUGCACCCAUGGUUAUUGAAGAAGUUUUCCUAUAACUUUCUUAAAAGGUUUCCCAAAUAGGUAAUGCCUCUUUGAUAGGUCAGAAUUGUUACUCGUUCAUCAUAUGCAUCUCCCCUCUCUUUCUAGCACUUGUUCCCUGCAAACAUAUAAAAAGGAGAGUGGCUUCUGUGGGUAGUUGUGGACCAUGAUAAUUUAAUACCAACUGCUUUUGUGUAAGCCAGUUAUGGAACACUUGAUGUCUAUCAAAGAAUACAGUUCACACUGUAUACAGGUGGACAAGAAUUGAGGUUGUAGUAAGUACAGAGAUAUACAGUUCCUGAAAGGUUUUAUUUUAUAGCUCAUCCUGAUAUGCUCCAUUUUUACUGCUAUCAUAAUAGGUAAGGGUGUCAAAUCUGUGAUGCUACAUGUUCCAGGGAGAUAAAAUAGUUAUUUUUCCUGAAUUAAAACUAAUCAAGUUCAUUGAACUGUGGCAGUCAUACAUUUCAUGGCUUUCCUCCAUGCUUUCCGAGCCAUCAGCAGCAUGGACUGUAUCUCUGGUCUGUGAAAACCUGGAGUUAUAGCUGUAGCUGAAGGAGGCACUGGGGCAGACAGAACCAGUGAAAUGAACUAUAAUUCUGACCUGUGCUUAAAGCACAUGGAUAGAUCGCAGUGAAGUACGUAUCAGCUACAGUAUUAAAAAGACCUACAGUUUAUAAGAUAGAGAAGUGCUGAUUGUUCUUUCAAGAGUCUUAAACUAAAUUUUAAGUGUAGGAGAAGCUAUGUAAAAUGUUCUGUUGUAGUCUUGAAAGCCAGAGGCUUUAAGAGUAAAAUAGCUGUACCGUAAUUGGUGCUUACCACAAAAAUUGUACACUUCUGUGAUUGUACAGUUAUUUUCUACAUUCCCCUGAAUUGGACGUAUUUUUGACUCACAGAAUGCAAUUUCAAAAAUUUUCAGAAGUUAAACUUUUCCAUUCAAAAAACCUAAACUCUUUGCAACCCUGUUUGUCAUCUGCAGGAAAAGGCCUAAUUUUAGCAUUUUUUUGCCUCUCUUCCAUCUGCAUUUUUUUAAAUGAAUGGCAGUAACCACCAAAAGGUCAACUUUGGCAGUGUGAUUCCUUUUAAUGAAUUGGGAGAAAAGAUGUAUUGUUUAGUUAAUUAUGCCAACAUGAGCAGGUUUCAACAGAUUUAUCCUCUCUGUUCUUUAUAGCAUCUGUUUCUAUUAGCUUCGUGGGCACACUUUGCUACUGCAGUGGAAGAAGAGGCAUUAACUGUUUCCUUACUUGCCAUAACAAUGUAAAUAAAUAAAGACCCUUUUCUAAUGCAGAUCAUUUUGACUAACCCAGGUUUCAGAAACUAUUACCUGAACAGGCAUGAAAGCAGAUCUGAUCAUGUACUACCCUUCUUUGGAUAAUGACCUUUUCACCUUACUCCUUUUCAGAGAGAACAGGACGUGUGACUGACCAAAGCUCCCAUUAACCAAAGUUCUGGAUGUUGCUUUGAGUCUACAGUACCUACAGCAAGCUAGCAGGAAAUAGUAUAGUUCAGGUUUUUUAAUACCUGAAGUAUAAGGAGUUGUUAAAACUGAUUAAACUAUUAAGUAAAAAACAUUAUCAACAAUUGCCAGAAGUAUUUUUAAGCGUACGGGCAUUGUAGAAGAAAUAUCACUGACGUAUUGUGGAUAUGAAUACACAGAGAUAGUCAGAUGCAAUUAAAUGAGGACACACUCUGGUUAACAGAAAAAUCAAUUAAGGUAACAAGACGUGAAAGUAGAUUAAAGUGCUGGAGUUAAUUCUGUGAAGCAUUCAUGCAGUGACAGAACGGUUUGACAAUAUUCUGAAGUUGAUUAUUCUGUAUGGAUUAUCGUAUAUAUCUGAAUUUCUCUCUGUUUUCUUUUUUUAUCCAUGUAUCACUGUUAGUUUCCUGCAAAUGGAAGGGUCCUGGUCUGACUUGCACAAAAAUAAAUUAAUUUGAAUUUGUU